CACACGCCCUCUCUUUCUUUGCUCAUCUCGAGAGGGAAGUAAACGUGAAGUUGACACUUCCCAUUAAAAGACUGACUUUUAUGCGAGGAAAGCAGGUGUUAUUGAACGAAACAGGAGCACCGAACGAAUUCACAUGAAAAUUCGGCUUUUGGAGAAACAUUUACCAAAGUCGCUCCAAAUGAACCGUCCGGACCUGUUGAAAGCGUUUUGGCUUUACGGAACGUUUUGGUUCUACUGUACGAGCGAGGCCUGAAGAAACGGUAGGAUGUCAAAUGCUACGGAUGCGGACAACGAGUAUCUCCACAUACGUGUUUGGGCAGCGGGAGUUUCUUUGUUCAUUUUGGCUUUUUUCAACCUUAUCAUCAACUGGACCAUAGUGCGCGAGGAGCGCCUGCGGAGCCACGCGCGCUUCGUCCUCGUGUUCCAUUUGUUGUUCUCCGCGUUGGUGUACUUCGCAGUAUGUUUCAGCUUUUACUUACAAAACUACCUGAACGCAGCGACCACGGAAACCAUAUGCAAGGUGCUAAUAAGAGGUCUGAUGACAAGCGGUUCCAACAUCAUCCUCACCAUCACGGCGAUGGCCCUGGACCGCUAUUUUGCCAUAUGCUACCCUCUCUACUACAGCAAAGUUUGUUUCAAACCAUGGCCGUGGCUCAUCGGGAUCUUAACCUGGGGACUCGCGUCGAUUAUUCCUCUCACCUUGCCCCCCCAAACAAAUAAUACCAGCACAGCAGCCUGUGGAAGGGAAGCUUUGCGAGGCGGAGAAAUUCAAAAAAUCAUUUUAAUAACAGUUUGUACCAUUCUUAUCGUGUCCAGCUAUGUGCGGAUCUUAUAUGAGGGGCGCCGCCUGGGUGUGUUGAACCGGCGCAACCGAGCUGCGUGUAGGACUAUCGCUCUCCACGGCACGCAGCUCGCCGUCUUCAUCCUCCCCAAUUUCAUACUGUUUUUGCUGUAUAUCCUUAACAAGCAGGGGUCAAUCGAUAAGUCCACGAAAGAGCUUUUUGCUGUGAUAAGUUUUGCCUUCUUCAGUCUGGCGCAGUGCAUCGCGCCGAUAGUGUACGGACUGCGUAAAGAGGAACUUCUGGAACAUCUUAAUCACCGGUUCCCGUGUCUAUCCGGCCGCUUGAAACGCAUUUUGGAGUGGACCGUCAACAUCGCCCAUCCACAACGGCAUCGCCAGCAAAGGGAGCGGAGAAUGACUUCAGAGACUUUAUUAUCAAGAGAAAUCUCACAGACGACUGUGUGACCAUCUUCGGAUUAAGAAAUGGAAUAUUUAGCUGCCGAGACUGAGAUUAAUACUGAAUCAAACUUUUGCAAUCCAUCGGAUGUACUGCAUCUCUGAAAUUCAGGCAGCACUUUUUUCUUUUUUUUUUGCUACUGAGAAAACUAACUAACGACUUUUAGAAAACUGUGAUGAUUUCUACUCUUCAAGCCAAAGACUCAUGAAGUCGGGACAAAAUAUAGCAGUUAUACGGUGUUCAGGAAUCAGUCUUGCCAAAAGAGCUGAAAACAGUCAAAUGUGAUUUUUAUAUUAACUGUAAAUAGUAUUAAAGACUUAAACUUAUGUGAACGAGACCAUUAUGUGGCAUUGAUCUGAAUGCUUAUUUUUCUACUAAUCUGUUGUAUUCUUUGUUAACAUAUAAGCUAAUGACCCAAUUAAACAAACUGAAACUUGGAUUAUACUGUGAAGCAGGUUUAAUUAAAUUGUCACUUAUAUGUUAAACUGGUGACAGUUUAAGAUUUGUAGUAUUUGAUGUAUAUGUUUGUAACCACAGCAUCCUCAGAUGUCAAGAUACACUGUUUUAGUAAGUUCACUAACGUUCAUUUACAAUUUCCUGUAAACGGUCUCUUUACAAUAUAUGGUUAACCAUUUAGAAACUAAUGCACUUGUGAAAAGAGAUUUGAGAUGUUAAGGAAAGCAACAAAGAGCACAUAUUUAUAAUUCUGUCAGGCUAGCGCAGCUGCAUUGUUAACAGACGUUCUUUGUCUAUUUUCUUUAGAAGUAAUUACAUGCCUUUUGGGAGAUGCCACAGAAAAAGGAAUAAGAUAAACCGUUUUACAUAGGAGUCCAAAUGUAGCAUUUACUCUUGCAGGCAUCAUAUAUCUGUAAUUUCUAAAUCAGCAAAAAAUGGCACAAUAGACCUUAUUCAAAGCAGCGCCAUAUUUGAUUUUUAACAGGAAUGAAAGCGAGGGUGUGAGAGACAAACAUACAGUACAUCUCUUCAGUGGGCUGUACUAUUAGUUAAUGUUUUCAGAUUUUUCUGCUGAUGAAACAGCAAAAAAAAAAAAAAACUCUCUUCAAGAAAUUUCAAUAGACAAAAAAACCCCCAAAAAAGCUGUGGAAAAUUUUACGUGAUCUAGGAGAUUUAUACCAGAUGCCAUUGAAAACACAGCAAGUCGAUCCCACACAGCCUCGCUUUCAUACCUGCAAUGGCACAUUUAGUCUGCACUUCAGUAUUUGUAUGGCCUUAGAUCAUAUGUUAUUGUACCUUUGUAAUAAAGACAUUCUGUAUUUAUGUUAA